UUUUAUAUUGGUAUAAAAUAACUAGACCUAACGACUAAAUAUUAAAAUCUAAAUCUAAUUCUCAUUAUAAAAGCUUAGGUUGAAACCUAUACUCAUCUGCCAAAAAUGUCAAACAGGUGGGACUUCAGUCAGCGGAGUUUCGGGGUCUGAUACAAUUCAGCGCCGCCGUGUUGCUGUGGUAUCACAGGGGAGGUUUGAAAGUGACGGUACCGGGAAUCCAGGUCUGCCUGAGCACUUCAGAACGCACCCCACGCCGCUGUGAAACCAAACCGCCGCCGUGCACACUCAUGCCUGACUCUCAGUUUGACUGGAUUACAUACACUUGAACAUUCUACAUCACACUGACAUGAAGAGACAUGACCUUUUAUCAGCUUUCAUGGAACACGGCAGAAAAUGAAAUCACAAAACAAACCAGUGUGGUUCAGAGCUGUCAUUAUUCUAAUGAUGCAGCACCGUGUUCCCACAGUGACUAAAUACUAGUAAUGGCAAAAUAGGAGAGAUCCACAAUCAAAAUUUGGCCAACAUCAUCUUCAGGACGAAACUACUUCAAUAUUUUAAAAAGUACAUCUGAAACCUUGUACAUUUCUGACAAUUUUAGAUUUUACCAGUAGAUAUUUCAGCAGCUUUUACACUGAACUUUUACAUUUUCCACUAUUUCUAUUUAUUUCCAGUGCCAUCAGGAAUCUUCAGUCGGGGGAUACUGAAGUGCAGAUCAGAAUGCACCUUCGCCAAAAAUAGGUUUUCUGUCCCAAGCUGGAAGACCCUCCCAGUGCCCUUCCCAACCCAGGAAAACGAGCGGGUUCUCCCAUGCAGUGAGCAAAAUGCAGUGCCUCAGGGAUCGAGUCGUCUUACUUCCAGAGACAGACCAUACACACUUCACAGCCACUGACACAACUCUCCUGGUGAUGACAACUUAACGGGCUCUCUAGCAACAGCAGGCGCGCCAUCAUGGAGGAUUGCUCUUCCCCGACACCCUUCUUAAACCUCCAGCACCACCGCCACCUGCCACCCUUUCCUCUCAUCCUAACCAGCUGCCAAAGCUCGGACGUGGGCUACUCGACCUCCCAGUCCGGCCCGGAUUCUCUGGAGCAAUACAGACAUAAAGGAGAAGAAUCCACAGCCUCUUUCUUGCCCUCAAACGGCCCGUCUGUGCUGAGAAAAGGAAGCAGCAGCAGCGACAGAGCCUUCCUAAGCACUAGCGCGGGCAGUCUAAAUGGCGACACCAGUUUAGGAGAAGCUUUUGACGGGGAUGACAGGUUGAGCAGUAGCUUGGUGGACUCUUGGUUUGGUAAAAAGGAAAUGUGGGAGGGCAGGGAGAGCUUUGACAGGGCCGCAGAGGAUUUUAAUGACAGGAGUGAUUGCUACAGAAACACAAAUGAUGCUUUUUACACGCUGAGCUGUUCCUCUGAGGACAGCGACAGAUGCAGGAUCAGAACAAACUAUGACAACUAUGAGACAGGUGAUGAACGGGAGGCUAACAUGAGCGUGUUCACAAAACAAACUGUGUCCUUCAGCAGAGCCAGCAGCACAGGAGGCUUCAAUGACAAGGCCGAGUAUUGUCGGGAAGAUUCCAGAGUGAGUGAUAAUUAUCUUGGAGGAGAGGAUGAUUUCGGGUCCAGCUGUGGGUCGGGCGAAGAUCAGUUUCAACCUGCAGAAGCAGACGGGCCUUGGCUUAACAUGUCCCCCACCAGUCAGGCAGAAGAAAAGUGGAGAGUGGCUGCAGACGGCCACCUGGCUGCAGGCCACGCUCCACAAACUGCUGGUGUGAGCAGCAGGACGUUCACCCAGAAACUGGACUCUUUCUCCAAGGCUUUUCUGUCCCAACGAAAGAGAAGAUUCCCCACUCACUCCUCAGGACGGGUUUGGGAGUUCGGGGUAGGGAGAGGGGAAACUUCUGAAUCAGUCCAGUCAAGACAAAGCUGCGCUUUUGACUCAAACACCUACCAGCUCCCUUCCACAUCGCCCUCCUACUCCUCUCUUUUAUCUUACCCAUCUCCUCCCACGUCGUCUCACCUCAUGUGUUCGGUUCUCAGCCCUCCUCCAACUCCCUUACCCCCUCCUUCUAUCUCACCCUCCAAAAUGGACUCCCCCAGCACACAGGGAGUCAGCGGUCCCCCUCUGGGAGGAGACUCUCUUGGUGGACUUCAGUUCUUCCCAUCCCGCGUUCACUCUCUGCCCUCCGUCCAGUCUGGGAUGAUCUGGAAGUCUCCACUGUUGUCCUACUGCUUUCCACAGACGUCAGGUGACCCCAACAACAACGAAUGCGGCCUUAAGUCCCACAACCAAGAUGACAGCAGCAAGCCAACUGCCGUGUGUGACAUUCCCCAUGCCCGCAAGUCGACGUCCCUCACCCCGUCCUCCCAUCUUCUGUCCUCCUCCUCCUCCAAAGCGGCCUGCCUCACUGGCGGUCCAUCCCUGCUUCCCUCCUCUCAUCUUCCUCUUGGCUCAUCCCUGUUCUCCGCAAAGCAUCUCCAAGUUGUAGAAAGGACAGCACCUUUCAAAGUGAACCAGAACACCAAGAGUGACUCCACAAGUCUGAAGGGAUCACACCUACAGCAACAGGCCACUUCAAACUACAAUGGAGCUCCAUUUCCAAGUAACCUUCACCCCAAAAGGUCCCAAAAAAGGGGUUGCUACACUCCUCGACCUCUCCUCAAUCCACUCCGCAGAGGAACAGGGCUCUACUCCUCCCUCCCACCUCUCCAUCACAUGGAAGCUGAAGCAGCGCAUGAGGAGGAGGAGGCGUGGGAUGAGUUACCACGCAUCAACGUGGGUCCUGACUUCCAGGCAGAUCUUCCUCUUUGCCACGUGGAUGAUGGAUUGUCCGGUGUGUGGUUCCUGGAGGAAGCCCCGCCCAGGGAACAGUUGCUGUGGAAACCAUGGGAUGAGUUGCAGGAGAGCACACACCUACAAGACCAAGUGGAGAAGCUGUUGUCCGUGUGUAGUUCCAGCUGUCUACCAGGAGGAGGCAGUAACACAGAGCUGGCUCUGCACUGUCUGCACUAUUGUCAGGGCAACACAAUGGCCACUCUGGAGAUGUUGCUGUUCUCGCAGCACUCGCCAGCAGGAGACUACCAUUAUUCAGGUUGUGAUUUUUGGACCGACGCUGAAAAGAGUCUCUUCACCGCAGCUCUUGAGACACACGGAAAGGACUUUGCACUCAUAGAGAAGACGGUGAGAACUAAGACUGUGGCUCAGUGCGUCGAGUUUUACUACCUUGGGAAGAAGCUUGUGGACAAGCAGAGGAAGCAGAAAGAGGCUGAGUGCAGAAAUGCAGAGGUGGAGCUUCAAAAAAGUGUGACGCCCGUUUCUCAGCCAGUGAACAGGCAGUUUGGUCUGGAGGAGGUUGUUCCCAUCCCCUCACUGGCCAGCUUCUUUCCCUGCAAGCUGUGUGGAAAGAUGUUUUAUAAAAUCAAAUCCCGUAACGCUCACAUGAAGAUCCACCGCCAGCCUCAAGAGGACUGGACCGACCGGCGACUUCAGCACGAGAUCCUCACCCAACGUCUGGCCCUCAGCCGUCCCGCCAGCCUCAUGCCCAACCCAGCCGCCAAUCUGCUCCCAUCUCAAACCGCAACACUGACUUUUUCCUCCUCUGGCCUUGUGUCAAACAGAAAAAAAACUGAAAAUCUCCACAACUCUGUAACCGAUGGCAACCCCAUCGCCUCUGGCAAUGCCAGCAUCCCAGGUCCCAACACUCCUGUAAAUUACAGCAACAUUGCUCCUUCGACCUCCCACAUCAUCACCAUCAAUAAUAUUGACAGCAGUGACACAAACCGGAGGGAGGCGUCCAGCUUCUUACCCUUCCACCAGUCAUGGAGCUCCUUCGGGCACCUGCCAGACCUUUCAACUUUCUACUGCAUCCCAGAGGGAAAGGACGAUUUGGGAGCAGCAACAGUAGAGGGAAAAGAGCCGCUCAGCUGGCAGUAACGUCCAACUUUCUGUGAAGCAUUAGGAACACAGGUCUGAUGCAGGAACUCUGUUUCAAACUAUUUUUUUAAAAUUAAACUUCAGUUUUUGCUAAUUUUAUAUUUUAAUGAGCAUAUUUUGUUUUGUUGUAAGUUUUGUACCUAGAUGUUUCAGAUAUUUAAAUGUUUAUUUGACAUUCAAAUAAAACACUUUGUCCCUGUG